AAAGGAUGCACGUUUUAAACUGAGUGAAUUGCAGACAAUCAAUUAAAAGGAGGGACAGGAAGUAACCAGAUCUCAGGAGAACACCUGCAAGUUUCAGCCAUAUGCCAAGGGUUGCCAGAAGACAGACAGAAUCAGCAGUUCCAAGUCCUUCCCACCUCUCAGCUGUGAAUAGAAGUGAUAACCCUUCCCACUAAGAAAUGCAAAGAAGCACACGUGCCCCAUAAUCUGAAGACUUAUGGAAACACUGUGAGAUAGAGUCCGUGGCUGGGGUGACAGGAAACACCUGAAGAUUACUGAUGAAGCAUCAUGCAACCAGGUCACCUCAAACCUGAAACCCUUUGAACACUUACCAAGAAAGGAAGUGGUGAUGGGGCACAUAGAAGAGUAAGCCAUCAUCUGGUUUCUAGCGUGAAGACUUCUGCAGGAGAGCCUCUGCUGGGCUUUCAAGGAGGUGGGGCCACCUUUACAAAGAACCAGCCAUGCCUUUGGGAGUGGAAGCAGAUUUCAUAGCCGAGACAGGAGAGCUUGCAAGAACCUCCCAUGUGCCAGGCACAAGGUUAAAACAGCCAAUAUUGCAGUGGGAUGAGUGUGUAGCAGCUCAUUCAAGACAGGAGCCAAGGCCCAGGCGUCCAUGAAGGAGCCCCUUAGAGGCAGCUGAAGUUAAUCUGAGAAGCCUUCCCGCAGGAGGCUGACCUUGACUUUGGAGGCAACGUCACACCUCCUGAGGACAGCCAGGACUCCAGCUUUUGCUGAGCUUUGCAUCUUGCCUCCUUCCUUCAAAAGGCUCCAGGCCCAUGCUCGGCUGUCUUCAAGUCCCGCAUGCCCCUGGCCAGGCAUCACAUCGCCCCUCCAGCCCAGCCCAGUCCUAGAGCUCACCUCCAGGACCCAGAAUCUGCCCUCCUGCCCAGAAUGACUCACCAUUAUUUCUAGCUGGAGUGAGAAGACGUGAUGGGGAGUUGGGCUGCCUGUUUGUGCAUCUAAGAUUCCUGCAGCAUCUGAUCAGCUCUGCAAGGAAGAGAGCUUCAGGUUCCUGUCUGGUCAGCCAAGCGAGGCUGUCUCUCCAGCUCUCAGAGAGCUCUCGGGGCUCUCCUGCAGGAGACCAGGCCAAUGCUCCUGUGCUUCCUGGGGCCAGUAGCAGCACCCUGAGCUCCCUGCCACCAGGCAGCUGAAAGGCAUAGCGUGAGGCGCUUCUCAGUCCCAAUUAUGACAGUGGCCACCGGAGACCCAGCAGACGAGGCUGCUGCCCUCCCUGGGCACCCCCAGGACACCUAUGACCCAGAGGCAGACCACGAGUGCUGUGAGAGGGUGGUGAUCAACAUCUCAGGGCUGCGGUUUGAGACCCAGCUAAAGACCUUAGCCCAGUUUCCAGAGACCCUCUUAGGGGACCCAAAGAAACGAAUGAGGUACUUUGACCCCCUCCGAAAUGAGUACUUUUUCGAUCGGAACCGCCCUAGCUUUGAUGCCAUUUUGUACUACUACCAGUCGGGGGGCCGAUUGAGGCGACCUGUGAAUGUGCCCUUAGAUAUAUUCUCUGAAGAAAUUCGGUUUUAUGAGCUGGGAGAAGAAGCGAUGGAGAUGUUUCGGGAAGAUGAAGGCUACAUCAAGGAGGAAGAGCGUCCUCUGCCUGAAAAUGAGUUUCAGAGACAAGUGUGGCUUCUCUUUGAAUACCCAGAGAGCUCAGGGCCUGCCAGGAUUAUAGCUAUUGUGUCUGUCAUGGUGAUUCUGAUCUCAAUUGUCAGCUUCUGUCUGGAAACAUUGCCCAUCUUCCGGGAUGAGAAUGAAGACAUGCAUGGUGGUGGGGUGACCUUCCACACCUAUUCCAACAGCACCAUCGGGUACCAGCAGUCCACUUCCUUCACAGACCCUUUCUUCAUUGUAGAGACACUCUGCAUCAUCUGGUUCUCCUUUGAAUUCUUGGUGAGGUUCUUUGCCUGUCCCAGCAAAGCCGGCUUCUUCACCAACAUCAUGAACAUCAUUGACAUUGUGGCCAUCAUCCCCUACUUCAUCACCCUGGGGACAGAGUUGGCUGAGAAGCCAGAGGACGCUCAGCAAGGCCAGCAGGCCAUGUCACUGGCCAUCCUCCGUGUCAUCCGGUUGGUAAGAGUCUUUAGGAUUUUCAAGUUGUCCAGACACUCCAAAGGUCUCCAGAUUCUAGGUCAGACCCUCAAAGCCAGCAUGAGAGAAUUGGGCCUCCUGAUAUUCUUUCUCUUCAUAGGGGUCAUCCUUUUCUCUAGUGCUGUCUAUUUUGCAGAGGCCGAUGAGCGAGAGUCCCAGUUCCCCAGCAUCCCAGAUGCCUUCUGGUGGGCAGUCGUCUCCAUGACUACUGUAGGCUAUGGAGACAUGGUUCCGACUACCAUUGGGGGAAAGAUAGUGGGUUCCCUAUGUGCAAUUGCAGGUGUGUUAACUAUUGCCUUACCGGUCCCUGUCAUUGUGUCCAAUUUCAACUACUUCUACCACCGGGAGACAGAGGGAGAGGAGCAGGCCCAAUACUUGCAAGUGACAAGCUGUCCAAAGAUCCCAUCCUCCCCUGACCUAAAGAAAAGUAGAAGUGCCUCUACCAUUAGUAAGUCCGAUUACAUGGAGAUCCAGGAGGGGGUAAACAACAGUAAUGAGGACUUUAGAGAGGAAAACUUGAAAACAGCCAACUGCACCUUGGCUAACACAAACUAUGUGAAUAUUACCAAAAUGUUAACUGAUGUCUGAUUGAAACCUAUUACCAUACUCACAGCUCAAUGGAACUAAUGCAGAUGUUGCAUAAUAGCCUGCAUUGUAGUCAAUGUGUUCUACAGUGUGUAUCUGGUUCUGCAUGGAAAGCAAUAGUUGUGCAAGUGACUUUUGAUCUUUUGACUUUGAUUUAGGACACAGAAUAUCUAUCAUGGCUUUCAUGCACAUCCUCAUCACCGGCUUAUGAGUUUCCAAAGACGGGAGUCGCCUAUCAAGCUAGGAUUUCAGAAAGACAUUGAGGCCACCUCAUAGCCAAUACACAGUGCACCAUAUCAGUGCCAUCAUUCCUUCCUAAUGAAAUGCACACAACAUCCAGGAGAUGCACUCCCCUCCCCGCCAUCCCACCACCCCAUUUGAGCCCACCUGCCCUUUCACAGAGGAACACAAUCAUGGUUUAGCUUUAAAUAGCUGAUGUUUACUCAAAAGGUCAUUCUCAUUUUUGCAUUGAAAAGAACACACAGUCCUGUGUGUUGGAAUUACUUUCUGUGUCACAGGCUGAGGUUUGUGAAUUGCAAUUGCCAAGUAGAUGCUCCGGAGGCUUGUGUUUCAUAACGGAAAAUGCUGCAUUCUGCUUUUUCUCUGCAGUGUCGAUGUGAGGGAAGCCCGGGGGAGGGACAGUUAGUAUAACCGAAUAUGAGUUGUCAAGUUUCACAUUUGUUCCCUUAGGCCUAUGGGGAGAAGCUAACAAACCAACGGACCUCUAAGCCUCUGAUUCACCAUUUUUGCAGGCUCCAGGGUCACAAAAACAUGUCUGGUUUCUUACUGGAGUUUGCAGACAUCUGCUUUCCUACUGAUGUGGCCCGGCUACACUGACACUGCAGUGAAAUUUACCAGUGAUGCAAUAGAGCUGCAUGGGUGUUUGUUGCAUGAAUCUCAAUAUUUAAAACACAGGAGAUAACCUAUUUUCCUAGUAGCCUACACAGUAUUAAUAUUUAGAGUAUUAAUAGGCUUGGAAUGGUCUUGAACUAGGGUUUUUUUUCCCAUCAGAAGGCAAAAUCCCUCCAUCAGGGGAAAAGAUAGACUAUUUGGAAUGGAACUAAAACUUCUGGCCCCCCAGCCUAGCUAUCCCUGUUCUUCUAAACAGGAACGCAGACCUCUGCAAAGCCAGGAGAGUAAGCAGGGAAGGCAGCAUCUGAACACCUCACAUGACUGCACCUUAGGAAAUAACCUAGUCACGGGCAUGACUGUACAGUGGACCAGGGCAUCUGGUCCUGACGACAGGCAGGUCUGUGGAUCCAGUGUAUAUAAAUAUAUAUUGAGUAUCUCUCUUUCACGCGUUCCUCUACCUAGCUAGCGAUAGAAAAAAAUUGCAUUUGAACAUUGUACAAGCUUAUGCAAUAUUUUUGACACAGGGCAAUUUAUGCAUGUGUUUGACUAUGUGCACUAGGGUGUAUAUAUAUACAUACAUGUGUGUGUAUAUGUAUAUACAUACACACACACAUAUAUAUAUAUUCAUUUUCUGGAGUUCAGGUUCAGGAGCAAAUCCACUGCUUGGUGGGUUGGCUGUCUAAGAGGCCUAACGGGUUAAUUUGUCUCAUUGGUAACCCCACUGGGCCUGGGUUUGCUGCCAUUGCCUCAGACACUCCAGUAUCCAUGGAUUCCUAGACGUUAGAAUUGUCUUUCUGCCCUCCAUGUGCUGCAGCUUCAGUUCCCAUGGCUGAAGCUUGUCUUACUGAGUGCACAAGGGCCCUGUGGCCCUCACAGUUCCAGCUGUCCUGGGCCAGACCUACCCUGGGCCUCCUCUCUACAGUUCAUCCUGUUCAUCAUCUCCAUUUUCACCUUUACCUAUGCCACUUGGAUCUUAUUAUCAUCUGGCUCUGCAUCUGUCACUUUCACGAACCUUUCCCUAAAGAGCCAGAAUGGAUCCCCUGCUUUGAAACCAAGGACACCAAGGAGUAGGACUCCCUGGGACCAAAUUCCGCUGAUCUGGACUUAAAGAGAGCCUCCUCUAUGUGGAAAUGUCUGAAGUCCAGGACUAAGGGAUGGAGUCCCUAGAUGAUCCAAAGGCAUCAUUUUGAUCUCCAGACCCAAACUCUCUCCCCGUUAAACUGGCAACGAGACCUCUUUUUAAAAAGAACCAAAGGAUGGGUAAAGAAUCAUUUCCCACCCCCCAGAACAGGUAGAGUGCAAAUGAGCACUGCACAGCCUAAAGGUAGACAGUAGGUUGACCCUGAAAUGGCUUCAGGUAGGAGGCUUUUAACUUACUUCUUUGCCUUUUGACAGAGUGGCUGAAUUUUCCCAGACAGUGAAUUGCAGGGGUCGGGCUGUGCAGGGGUGGCUCCAGCUCAGGCCUCACUGCUGCCUAGUCAGUUGUCCUGGGGCAUGGGGCACCAGCUCAGGGUGCUAGGCCCAGGGUGCUCAUUAGUGCCUGGUCACCCACAUCCCCAGGUAUCUGCAGGGCAUCCCAUGCCCAGCACAAAGCCUCUGUGCUUCUCUUCCUCUCCUUCAUGGGAGGUGGUGCUGAAUUUCCAAGACAUGGGGUGGGAGGGACACAGACCUUUGGAAAAUGGAAGGUAAAGCAACCCAUAUCUGAGGCCUAGGUCAGGGUAGAUAGUUUAUCACAGUGUCGUUGGCCCAGGACUCUAAAAUGUUCACACACAGUCAUGUACAUUCACCACAAAAUAGGUACACUGUUGUCACACACAAACAUAAAACAUGCAACGUGCAAAAUACAGACAGACCAAGUUAACAUAAAAGCAAACACAGAAGAUAUAUGGUUAUAACUGUACACAAAAUGCACUCUCUGCACAGAUAGAGAAUUUAUACAGAACAUACACAAAACACAAACAUACACCACAUACAAAUACACAACCUGCAACUCAGAUGCAAGAUACAUAAAAAACUACACGGACAAAAUGCAUAUGCAUAUAAGAUACACAAAGGCUACUUUACCAUUGUUUCUACACAUGGAAUACACAUAAACUCACUAUAUACACACAAUGCAUUUACUUAUAAUAGGCACACAAGAUACAUAGCACACAUGCUCAGAAACAUCACACAGUACACAUGAAAUGCGGACAUAUGCUCAGACCCAUUGCCCUGCCCCCAGAGCUGUGAAUUAACAGGGACAAACAAAAGAUCAGAUUUAAUCACCUUUCCCUGGCCUGUGUUUAUAUCCCUCAGUAUCCUUCACGGAAUCUCUUUCUCUAGUCUUUUCUCUCACCACCAGAUUUCAGUCCUGAGAAGUAACUCCUAGGUUUCAAGCAGAAGGAUGGGCCACCACAUCAAGCAGAUAUCUAACUCUAACUAAGACCGGGAAUUGCAUGGGGUCUCUACCAAUUCAUCUUCCUCCCACCAGAAACCUGGGGGCACAGUGUGGAAGUACCUGGGACAGCUGGCAGCCUAAUAUAGGCCUCCUUGCCAUGACCCUUACUUCCUUCCAGCAAAUCCACACAGACAACCCAACAGCCCAGGGUCCCCUUCUCCCAGCACCUGGGAUCUCCCGAUUUAGCCCAUUCUCUUAAAAGCAGUAAUGGCUCAAGAAACUGCAGGAUCUUGAGCCCAGGACCAGGGUGAAAAUGUCCCCAACAUUCUCUAAGCCCACAAAUCUUAUUGCCCUUCCAUCCUUUGCAGCUUUGUUGGGGGCAAGGUCAGGAAGUUGAGACCCUGUAGAGACCUGUCUCUUAAAAUGAGCUACGUUUACUUGCUUGUGGCAUUUCACUUGCUCUUGGGCAUAAGCCCAAAGGGGCCAACUCCUGAUUCCCCUCUGGGGAUGUUCAAUCCCAGGCACGCUCUUCCUUUCCCCCUUGUUGGGCUCCCCUGGAUGCCCUGCCUCCCAUCCAAUUGCUAUGCAACCCUGUUCAGCUUAAGUAAAAAGUGAUUAAGAACAUACAUCUAAGGCUAAAUAAGCUAACACUUUUUCAAGGGCCUGACUUUAUCCAAUAUUCUAAGGCCAUAUUUAAAUACUUUCUAAGAUUACCCCACCAUUUUGGGUUACUUUUGGAGCCGGUUCUUCCCGUCAGUAGGACUAGCUGAGAGCUGAGUGCAUUUUAGCAAAGGCUUCACCCACAUUUGAAGUUAGGAGUUGCAGUCAGGCCUUGGAUCAGGCCUCACUCCUGAUUUCUACUCCUGCAGCCAUCCCAUUGUGGCUCACCCUCCCUUCCAGUGAUGGUCACAGCUCCCAAUCUCUAUGGAAAAGGCAACAACAGCAAGGAAUGGACAUGAGGGUCCAAAACUUGUGCAUUGCUGGAAACUUGUGUUUCCAAGUCAAGUACCAUUCCCGUUGGCUUCAUCAAGUGCCUCUGUGGACUCAUUUUCAAGAAAGUUGGAGUUUUCAGGAGGCCGAAAAGGAAGAGGCCCGGGAAAGGUGGAGAGAUUGUCAGGAAGAAAGAGUGGCUGAGCAGGUCAAAUGUCAGAGUAAACUUUUUAGGAGCCAACAUUUAAUUAAGAAAAUAAUUAAGGCUCUGUGCUUCCUGAAACUUCAGUGAUACUUGACAUGAUCUCUUCCUUCUUCCCUGCUUGCCUCUGUCCCUCUCACCUGUACUUCUGAGGCUAGUGUUGGCAUGUCACCAGGAGGUUAGCCUUUUAAAAGGGGCCCCACGGGAGUGUGCCUCUAGAUUGCAUUAGCCCAGGAUGGAAAGGGCUCCCAUGGAAGUUAUGAUGGCCUGAGACCCCAGCCUGGGUGUUCAUGUUGCUGCUCCGUGUUGGGAGUGCCCGGGACUAGCUUAUCCUACCUGUUCUUCCUGGAUCUAUCACUAUAUUGUAGUGAGGACUCUGUCACUGUCAACCCAAGUGGAGAGAGGACAGCACCCUCUGAAGCUCCUCAGGCUGAGGGUUCCACACUGCCCACAAUACUAGAGUCAUAGAGGCUGACUCCCCCAAAAGGAACUAUAGAACAGUGUGCAAAUCGCAUAUGAAGGUGGCACCACUACCCCUAUGUCAGGCAGGGGAGCACAGUGCUUUAACUUGUUUAUUCAAGAGAGGGGAUGAUGGUGCUGAGCUCUGCUCCCCAGGGCUUUCCUGGGGCCCAUUGUCAUAACAGCUUGUAUGUAGGUGAUGGCUGCCUGGUCUGUGAGGACUAUAAUGUCCAUGGUGCUCCUUGGUUACACAAUGGAGGUUCCCCUAGCCUUGGCAAGGUAUCCAUUGCCAGGUUUGAACUCAUGACCUUAACCUCAUUAAUAUCAUCAGCCACCUGAGCCAACCCGCAGAGAGGGGGAUGCUGGGAGCUGUCUCAGUAGCUAUUGUGACCAUCAUCUAUAUCUUCAGACUUGACCCUUGUUGAGUCCAACCCCGUUCCCCUAUCAAAGCAACCAGCAGGGACAGAUGGAGGUAGGGGCUCCCCUACAUGCAGGAAGGUUCUCUUCCUCAAAUUAACCUAGUUUACUUUUCCUUUCUUUCUGCUUCCCUUCCCACCAAAUCUCAGCUUCAUCUCUCAUAGUUUGUGUUUGAAUAUUUUUAAAGAGGAAAAGUGCAAUAAAAUAAAUAGUGACUGUUUUCUUUAGCAAUAGCUCUUUCAAAAUCUUGCUCUCAGGACUGAAAAGUGAUAGAUAGUACCUGGAUUAUCAGAUAAUGCCCUUGACUUCUGGGGGCUUGUUCACAGUCUCUGUAGUUUCUUCUUCCCAUGUGUUCAUGUGACUCCUGUCCUCUGAGAUCUGACCUCCUUCUGGAAUGGACACAUAUGCUAAGAUGCAGUGUAUGCACAAGGAAGGCCUGUGAGAGGGCUUUGUCGCUCUGUCUCUUUCCUGUGUGCAUCUCUCUGUCUCCAUGUGUGUCUCUGUCUCCUCUCCCUCUGUCUCCCCAUUUCUGCCUGCUGUCACACAGCAUCCUUACAACCUCUAGACACAAAAGUCCUAAGUUUAUGUGACCUCUCCAGCCCAUUUUGUUGACUUUCCCUCAGUCUGGCAGAUGUAAUGGAAGCCUACAGGAAAGCACUUCCCAAUAGAUAAGAAUAAAGCAUCCUGAGCCAUUACAGAAGAUCAUUUCCAUGCACUAAAAGCCAUUACUUGAUCCUUUUGCUGCCCUUCCUCCCUUCCCCAGGGAGAUGGAUGCUGAGGGAAUGUGGCCUGGAGGUUUGCACUUGGGAUCAGUCGCCUGGGCAGAUUUGGGAAUUGCCCUCUAACUCUCCUUCAGAGUAAGCUGACUUGCUCGACCAAAGGGACUCCAUGAGAGCUGCAGAAGGAAGCAAGUUCUUGUGGGUUUCAGUAGAAGUCUACAGGGAUAGAAGUUUCGGUGGUUAGGGCAUGACAUUAGUGAAAUAAAGACUCUACCACCCGCUAGAGUGUGCAGCUGCACAAAUAUUUGCACACAUAACCAGGGGACUCAGAAGAGUCCCCUUUCCUAAAACAUCUGUGAGGUUAAAUGUUCAGACUGGACAAUCAGGGAAGGCUGGCAACCCCAGGGUCCCAUUCCAUUCUUUUUUGAUCUACCUUGCUCUAUACACAUGUGUACAGCAAAACCUCAGUUAACUGAUGGGGAAACCUCAGGGACGGGAACAUCCUGGUUGCUUUGCAAUUCUGGUUAUUUGAGUGGGAAUAGGAAAGCAUGUCUGGUUCAACCUUUGUUAUUGAGAAAAAUAUUUCCUAAGUAGGUUAGCAUAAACUUUCCUGCCUUAGUUAAGUAAAGUGUUUGAAGAUAACAGGGACCUUGCCUUGCUCAGGGUCAACACUGUAAACCUCAGUGCUUAUUGUACAGAAGUGGAGAUAGGUGGAGAAGACCAAAGAGACAGGCUGAAUGACUGCUGGCUACAAGAUAGACCUGGAAAUGGGCCACUGGGGCACAUCCUGGCUCAUCAGAUAGAGCCCUUGCUGUCAUUUGCCUCUUUCUACUGAAAGUAUAGUAAGAAAACAUAAUUCUUGUCAAUCAAGGUUUUGGUUAAUUGGUCCUGAGUUUUUAGAGGUUUUCCAUAUAUACAUAUAUUUGUGUGUGUAUAUAUAUAUAGUAUAUGUAUAUAUGUAUACUAUUUUUUAAAUUAUAGAAUUAUACAUUGACCAAUCUCCUUAGUUUCACUCAUGUGGAAUAAAUUUGGCAAUCCAAGGAAUAAACUGCAUUUAUGUGCAUUUUUUGAAUGACAUCCUUUGCAUUCUUUUCACCUCUCCAGUUCCACUUUUUUUUUUUUUCUGCUUAGGGACCGCUCUAGAAGGCAGAUCUUUCAUAAAGAAAGAACAGGCUCCAGGAUCACCUCUUUCCUUUCCCUCCCAGGUGGCUGCCUGACUCAGGGAUAAAAGGGAAGUCUGAUCUAACAGCCAGGUGCUUUAGCCUUUCUUCUGUCUGCCCCGGUUGGCUAUAACCUCAUCACUGAGGACCAGAUAAGUUAUUCCAAACUUUGUACUCGAGGGGAGUGGAAAGCUUGAUGACCUGGCAAAGGAUUGAUCUAUUUAGCAUUCUCUUUGUCAUGGGUGGUGCCCUAGGUAUGAGGUUUGUGAGAUCUGAAAGUAACAUUCCAACGAAGAACUAAAGCACAUCUCUGCCACACAGAAGCGAGGUUUGUGGCAAUCAAUGGAACUAACAAAUCCAUUCUGUUUUUUAUUAUGACUAAACCUAAGUUGAGGGUGUGGGUAUUAGAGCAGCUGAAAUUCAGUUGCCUCUUUGGGGGUUAGCUGUACACAUCACUCAAGAAACAGCUAGGUGCAAGCUAAAACCUGCUCUCAUUCUCCCUCUUGCCUGCCAGUGUGUUAGAUCCAUGGGAGACAGUUUCUCUCAGCCUCGCCUCUUGCAUUUGGUUGUGUGCUUUCUACCUGGAUGGAAGUGGGAGGAAUUUUUCACUGUAUCUGGAGCAAUUGAGGUGGUGCAGUGGUGUCUGCCAUCUCCCCACACCCACAGAAGCCCUCCAGUCUGGCUAUGUUAGUUGUGAUUAGGCAGCAGAAGCCCAUAACCCAGACUUGGCAUGACUAUCUGGUGAACUGAGGCAGUUGAGGUGGCCUGUCUGGAUGGCUACUUCUUGUACUUUAUGAACCUCAGCGUGGAAAUGGAUAACUUUCUGUGCUCCUGUGCACUCCUAAAAUAGUCAAAUGUGUUCCAGAUGAGUUUGCAGCUGAGAACUCCCUGCAUCAUUCCACUGAUGGAUGCACAGGGCAUGAUUAUGUAAUAAUGUAGACAGCUACUGCAACAUCUAGAUCAUUGAGGGCAGUGUAGAUGUGGCUGUGUGCUAGGACCCUUGGUAGCUAUCCAGAAGACUCAGUCCUGUGUCUUUCUGAGUCUCUGUGAGAAGCCUCUAAGCCCUGCUUCUCCUUGAAAAUGAUUCCCUAGACACCGAAUGCCUUGUUUGUAUGAGUGAAUAAAUGCUCUGGGCUGCUAGAGAAAGCAAUAGGAGGAGCUGGGAGGAAGAGAAUAUUCAGGGGCACACUUUGCUACCAAACAAUUUCCAUGUCAGCUGCUAACAUUACUGCCUUUUUAGCCUAUGAAGUGUAAGGCAAGGACUUUGACCUGCCAGGUGGGGCUGGAAACGAGCACAUCAGCUCCAGGCUAAGAAAUGGGAUAGAAAAGCAAGAAGAGAGACCUGGCUGGCUUUGGCGGGGGUGAGUCUCAGCUCCUGAGGGUUUGAACAUGCUCUGUGCUUGCCCCAGUUCUGCCUUCACGUGGGAUCCAGCGACCCAGUUUCCUUUUGUUGUCGUGCUUGGAUGGUUCCUUCAUUUGAAGGGCCCCAGGAAGCUGGAAAGUCCCAUGAUCAAGCUCUAGGCCUGCUGAGCAAACAAUACCCCAGCCAAAUUGGCCUCUUCCUGGUUUUCUGCAUCCCUGCACCCCUCUCUCCACUGAGGAUAAUCUUGGAACAGUUGAGAUUAAUGGUGCCAGCAAUCAAGGAAGAUUCUCUUAAUUUUCAUCAGGGACAUAGCUGUAAAGCUCAUGAGUGGAGGAUGCUAUUUCCUUUUCCAGACCUGUGUGCUUAUGUGCUUAUAUAGGGUGUCUCUGGAGAUUUUAUACUGUGUAUGUGUGUGUGUGUGUAUAUAUAUAUAUAUGUGUGUAUAUAUAUAUAUAUAGAGAGAGAGAGAGAGAGAGGAAAUGACUGCCGCUCACUUAAGCUCAUGCAGCACAGACUCCAAUUAGGGUUUGCACUGGCUUCCUUGCUGCUUGUGCAUGACUCUUCAGCUGCCCUCCCGUGUCCUGUCUCUAAUAAUUGCUGAAAACUCAAAGAGGUAGAUAAAUAAGUCUCCUUGGGAUCAAUAGCAGAAGGAACUCCAAGGCUAAUGGUAAAGCUUCGUAAGGAUGAUGCCGAAAGGGAACUGGGGUCUCCAUGGUGAUAAGAGGCUGGGGACCAAUGAGAGCUGAAGGCGGAGCAGGACUUGUGGGGAAGACUCAUGGGAGUUGGGAGUCAUUUAACUAUUUGUUUGCUUCUUGAAAAUUUAGACACCAGCUGUAACUACAUUGCACAGGAUGUAUUGAUACUAUCAUUCUUGCUGACAUAUUCUGGAAGCUUUCAGCCCCACCAACACUGCCCCGCCCAGGACUUCUGCAGCUGAGAGUUCCUGUGUCAGUAGGGUCUGAUAUUUGUACAUAGGUUAUACAUAUAUGUGUACAUAUGUGCCUCAAUGAACAUUGCCUGUCCACCUGAUCAUGGGUGUACAUAGACUUCAUAGAGCUCCACAGUCUUUUGUAAAUAUUGACACAAGUAAAUAAGUAUAUAAAUAUAUAUUACUGAGGAUUUAUUUUAACAUCAUUCUGUGUGAUAUGAAAAAAAUAAAAUUUUUGACAGACA